AGCCCAUCCUUCUGUGCACUAUGCGCCAGCUCCGGGGCCCAGAGUUAGGGAAGAGCAGGCGCAAGCACUAGCCAAGUCAAGGGAUCCUCCCAGCCCACAGUAGCCCGCCCACGGAGGAUUUCUUCCAAACAGCAUAGAGAGGGACUGGGAAGGAUGGGACCGGAACCUGGGUUCCCCACCACACGGUGUCUGCUCACACACAUCGGUUUCAGCCUGCCCUUUCUCUGUUGGUGCCUGGCCUGGGUGGAUGUCCGAGCCCCGCCCCGCGGGUUCGCACGUGGCCCCCGCCUGACCCGGCGCCCAGGGGCGGAGUAGGGCGGGGCGGGCGGCAAACGCAGCACUUUCGCGGCUUUGAGCCUCCCGCAGAGGCCCGGCUGGAACGCUGAGCCCGGCCGAGACUGCGCCAUGCAGGAAGCGCCAGCUGCGCUGCCCACGGAGCCAGGCCCCAGCCCGGUACCUGCCUUCCUCAGCAAGCUAUGGGCGCUGGUGGGCGACCCAGGCACCGACCACCUGAUCCGCUGGAGCCCGAGUGGGACCAGCUUCCUCGUAAGCGAACAGAGCCGCUUCGCCAAGGAAGUACUGCCCCAGUAUUUCAAGCACAGCAACAUGGCGAGCUUUGUGCGCCAACUCAACAUGUAUGGUUUUCGAAAGGUAGUGAGCAUUGAGCAGGGUGGGCUGCUCAGACCCGAGCGUGACCAUGUCGAGUUCCAGCAUCCAAGCUUCAUGCGCGGCCGAGAGCAGCUACUUGAGCGUGUGCGCCGCAAGGUGCCUACACUUCGCGGCGAGGAUGGUCGCUGGCGACUGGAAGACUUGGGCCGGUUGGUGGGAGAGGUGCAGACUUUGAGGGGAGUGCAGGAGAGCACCGAGGCGCGGCUGCAGGAACUCAGGCAGCAGAAUGAGAUCUUGUGGCGAGAGGUGGUGACGCUUCGGCAGAGCCAUGGUCAACAGCACCGGGUCAUUGGCAAGCUAAUCCAGUGCCUCUUUGGACCACUUCAGGCAGGGCCCAGCAGUACAGGAACCAAGAGAAAGCUGUCCCUGAUGCUGGAUGAAGGCAGUUCAUGCCCAGCAUCUGCCAAAUUCAGUGCCUGCCCCCUACCUGGUGCCCUCCUCCAGGACCCCUACUUCAUUCAGUCGCCCCACCCAGAGACUACCUUGGGCCUCAGCUCUCACAGGGCUAGAGGCCCCAUCAUCUCUGACAUCCUAGAAGACUCUCCAUCACCUGAAGGGUCCAGGCUUUCUCCCUCCAGUGGUAGCAGGAGGGAGAAGGGCCUGGCACUGCUCAAAGAAGAGCCGGCCAGUCCAGGGGGGGAUGGCGAGGCCAGGCUGGCCCUGGCCCCAAACGAGUGUGACUUCUGCGUGACAGCCCCCCCACCCCUGCCUGUAGCUGUGGUGCAGGCCAUCCUGGAAGGGAAAGGGAGCUUCAGCCCUGAGGGGCCCAGGAGUGCCCAACAGCCUGAACCAAGAGGCCCCAAGGAGGUACUUGACAGGGGAACUCUUGGUCUGGAGCGGGGUAAUCGGAGCCCAGAAAGUCUGCUGCCCCCAAUGCUGCUUCGACCUCCCUCUGAAACUGCAGCACCCCUAGAUGUGCUGGGCCCUGGUCUCCAAGGGCGAGAAUGGACCCUGAUGGACUUGGACAUGGAGCUGUCCCUAAUGCAGCCGUUGGCUCCAGAGAGGGGUGAGACUGAGCUGCCAGUCAAGGAUUUGAAUUCUUCAGAUGCAGGGAAAGAUCACACGCUGGUGGCCCCACUCCUACUGGACGUUCAGGCGGAUUUGGUAGGCACAGCACUGGCUGUUCCUGGAGCUUUAGCCAUUUACAAUACCCCUGAGAGCCGUGCCUCCUAUUUGAACCCUGGAGUCCCCCCCCCCCCCGCGCAUCUCUGAAAAGACCUGGCCGGGGAACCGUCACGCAGCAACACACCCCUUUAGGCUUCCCAGAGCGCUCCCCCCCCCCGAGGGGAGGGCGAUCGAAGGCCCCAGUAUUCAACAGCCUCUAUUACCCCAGCGAGUCCCGCAACAUA